CAGAAAAAAAAACUUGAAAGGUACACGAAAAAAAAAUUAAAAACUCCUAUCGUUACUGUCUCGCUAAAAACAGUAAAGGUCUCUUUUUUUUUUUUUAGUUUUUCUCGCCCUUUUUUUUUCGUUUUUUUUUUUGUUGUUGUCUUUAUCCUUUCCUUUUACUAUCUUUUUUUUUUUAAAAAAAAAAAACUUUUUUUCACUCUCCACCCACUUCACAUUCAUUCCACAAAGACUAAAAAAUGAGUUCCUUAUUAAAUAAACCUACAUGGUCUCAACAAAUUAACCAUCAUUCAGAAGAAGAAGAAGAAGAUACGUCUAGUGCACCUGUGCGUAAAAGAACAAGAGCUACGGCAGAUCAAUUGUCUGUGCUGGAAGAUACUUUUGCAGUGAAUGUCAGUCCCAAUUCCAAGCUCAGAAAACAAUUGGCUGAACAACUUGCCAUGUCAGAACGCUCCAUUCAAAUUUGGUUUCAAAACAGAAGAGCUAAAGUAAAGCAUAUGCAAAAGAGAGCUCAAAUGCAAAUGCAUCAAGCUUCUAUUCGUGCCCAAUUAUAUCAGUAUCACCAACAACAACAACAACAACAGCAACAGCAUCACCAUCACCACCAUCAACAACAACAACAACAACAACAGCAACAACAACAACAACAACAACAACAGGCUCCCAUUUUGCCUAUGCAACCUUAUUAUUAUCAGAAUAACAGAGCACAAAGUGUGGAUGCUCUUCAUUUCCAAACAAGUGGUAGUCAUCGACCCAUGAUUCAACAACUAUUUACACCCGCUUCCUCCGUACCUCCUCCUCCUACGUUGCCCAUGAAUCUAAAUGCUGCUGCUGUUACUGCUGCUCCUACUGCUGCUGCUGCUGGGUAUGCUUACAACUGGCUUGGUGAAGAUAUGCCGUUCACCCGACAAAGCAUGCCUCCUCCUCAAGGAGCUUAUGCGUAUGAUUUUAAUCAUCCACUAGAGAACGGCCUAGAUUUCCCAGAGUAUUUACAUGGUCAAGUCUCACCCUCACCAAGUCCGCUUCACAAACAACAACAAAACAUACCCACCUUGAUUUCUGUACCUGAUGCUGGUCCUACUGCUAUUCUUGCCACUAAAGACAUCAGUCCGUCACCCUCUUCGCCUGAUUCUGUGCAACGUCAACAGCAACAACAGCACAUACAGCAACAAGAGCAGACAAUUGAUCCUUCUAAUUUAAUCUUGAAGGAUGAUCUUGUUGUGAAAUCAGAAAAGAGUACAACAGAAGAAGAACCCAAGGAUCUCUACUUGAGUGCAACUACCCUCACUAUUGGUACCUGGCAUCGAUUAAAGAUGCAUGAAACAGACCUCGUGUGUGUGUACCGUCCCGACACGCGUACAUUUGCAUGGCAUAUUGUGGACGGUGGCUGUCACUUCAAGAUGGAGGUUGCUCAAGAUGCUGUUUCUAGUAUUGAAUAUGUGUUGGAAGCUGACUUGGCUCAGGUUCAUUUUGAUAUUAGUGAACCACCACUCUUUUACAUGGAAUCCACUACUACCAUGAAGAAAAAAGAUGAGUCCACUACUACAACUACACCUGUCUGGGUUCAAUGCUCUGAUUUUACAGAAGGGAAACAAGCUUCUCGCUUCUUUCGUCAUACCUUGAAGGGUAUCUCACAUCACAUGAAGCAGGAAUUAUUAGCUUUAAUUCAUAACCAUGAAGAAACAAGGCGUCUUGUUCACUUUGUAUCUCCUCAUCAGUUUCAACAACCCUUCAUGAACACAAAUAUCUAUUGGAAUCCUCAACCAGAAUCUAUCCCUUGUGAAUUAUACAUGAGCUAACACAUACCCAAAAAGCCCAAAAAGCCUAAAACCCUUUUUUUGUACUAUACUUCUUUUCUCUCUCCCCACAAAUAAAAACUCUCCCCCCACCGCCGCCCUUUUUUGUCUGAGCCUCAAAUCAUUUUUUUUUUUUUCUUUUUCUUUUUCUCUUACGGUUUUAAAAAUGAGCAUGGAGUACAUGGACAUUGACGGUCCCGAAUUCUUAUCUAGUGUUAAUCAAGAGAUUGCAUCUAUACGUGCCAACAGAACAAACGA